CAGGUCCUUCGGCUUAGGCAUUCCCCCAUGAAGGCACAGCAGUGUGCGUAGGAGCAGCCGGCUGUCAGCAUGGAGCUGGUCACUGAGGCGGCUGUGCACUUCUCCCGCCUUUCCAUGUUCCCUUAUUUUGAUGGCGCCCAUUACGUAGUGUCUGUUCUGUCAGCCCGGGAGCAGGCAGGAGCAGUUGAUGUGGCAUCUCGGAGUCCUUUUGCUUCCUGGUUUAGCGCCAUGCUGUGCUGCUUUGGUGGUGGCAUAUUAUCCUCCAUGUUGCUAGCUGAGCCUCCUAUUGCUGUCCUUUCAAAUAGCACUAACAUUAUUUAUGCAUCAGUCAUUUGGUACAUGGUUUACUACUCUCCUUUAGAUCUGUUCUACAGAUGCUUUUGUUUCCUACCUCUACGAAUUAUUGCUGCAGCAAUGAAAGAAGUGACCAGAACUUGGAAGAUUUUGGCUGGUGUCACACAAGCAGAUAGUCGUUUUAAAGAUGCUUUGCUUGUCAUGGUUGCCAAUGGCUGGGCAAAAGCUGCUGGAGGUGGCCUGAUCUCCAACUUUGAACAACUUGUGAGAGGUGUCUGGAAACCUGAAAGCAAUGAGCUUCUUAAGAUGUCAUACCCUGUCAAAAUUAGUUUAGUGGGAUCAAUUUUGUUCACGCUGCAACGUAGCGAGCUACUGCCUAUUGAAAGACAUCACCUCAUGUUCAUUUACACCAUGUUUCUUAUUACCAUAAAGGUAAGAAUGAUGCUGACACGGUGCUCUGCCUCUCCAUUUCAGCCAGCAGAACAAGUACUAGGUCGUUUGCUGUUUGGAUUGCAACAAGCUCCUAAAGUAGAUACAGAAAAAGUUAAAGCAAAUCUCAAAGAUGAGCCCAAGGAGAAAGAAAAUCCUACUAAAGAAGAAACUGGAGCAAGCAGCCCAGAGCCCAGUGAAUCUACAAGAAAGAGAAAUACUAAAAAGAGUGAAUGAACCCAUGAUAUUAACUGGUUUAGUGCUUUCACUGCCACAGUUAUUACCUAAACUGACUUGUCCUUGAAAUAGUCAAUAGCCAUUACAGGGUUAUUAAUCUUAUUUACAAAGCAUAUCUACAGUGCUUUUCUACAGUCUUGAACAGAAUUAGGUUUACUUUUAGUUUGAAAUUAUUGUAAUUUGCGGUGUUGGGCGUUCAGGCCUUGAUGUCAAUGCAGAACAAUUUAGUUUUACAGAUUACAUCUUCAAAUAUAUAGCAAUAGCUUAUGAUGAAAGUCUAAACAAAAACAAAAAAAUCCUCAUUCUGUCUCAGAGAGCUGGUGCUGCAGCACAGUGCUUCUACAACUAGUGGCGGCAGUGGGGAGGGAGUUUGGGGGCGGGGUCUUUGGUGGAAUUGAGUACUUUUUUUUUUUUUUUUCCCUCCUAGGUUAUGCACAAUUAUAGAGAAUUUACUUACCCCUUUAAUGGAGCCAUGAUAGACAAGGAGAAAAGAUAAAUUGGCUAGUUUCACAAAUGGCAGCUUUUUUGGAAAUGAACUGCAGCUUUUGAGCCAAAGACAGAAGUGGGUCCAGUAGGAAGGAGAAGUAGAAGUCCAUUUAAAUUUCUCCUUCAUUUUAAAUCAACUUCUAGCUUUGGUUCAAAAACUUUCUUUAAACUAAUGAUCUGUUUUAAAUGGGUUCCAAUAUUUUUUUUUUAAAUACUUGUGUUGGGGUCUGUUAGGUUUCCAGCCAUCUUGAAUAUUGAAUUUUGCGGUCAGGUACACCAGAACCCAAACUGAAUGGAACACAAUGGCAGUCUGAACAGAGUCGAACUACAAAUAUCAAUAGCAAAUGAAAGAUAAGGGUCUGACACCGCUAUUUUUGUUUAUGGAGAAAGUCCUCCCAUAUAUGUGGCAUGUAGCAAAAUACCUGUACGUGUGAUAAAUCCAAGCUAAGGAGGUGCUCUUAUCUAGAAAAAAAGUAUAUUGACAAUAGCAUGUCAUGUAAAAGGUAGAUGGAUAAUGCACUCACCGCAGACUCUGUAGAAAAUUUCAGACUUUAUUCGGCAUGUGUACGAUACAGGUACACGGGGGAGCUGGAGGUGGAACAGGUGAAGUUUGGGGCGUUAAAAAGGGCGGCAACUUGUUUCACUCACUACGGUGCUUCGUCUGGCCCGUACUAGUACCAGAAAUUUUCUACAGAGCCUGCGGUGAGUGCAAUAUCAAUCUUCCUUAUACAUGACGUGCUAGAGCCUAACUACAAUUUAACACAAGGACCACUUCUGCCACUGAAUUAGGCUCACAAGAGUCUGGAUUAUAUAAGGGGCACUCUUUAAGUUUUCCCUCUUGAUGGCUGCCUGGAGCCGACAUUAAGGAAAACAAUGAGUCACUAAUUUUAUUCCCUGAUAGCAAAACUACUCUAAAAGAUCAGUGUGUGUGAAAUAGUGAUUAUUUAUACAUGAAGUUGUUUUGUUAUCUAGGAAAAAAGAUUAAUUAGUAAGCCACCUAUUCCCCCUUAUAUAUUCUACAGGAACGGUUAAAGGGUUACUCCACUGGAAGAAAACAUUUUUGAAUCAGCUAAUGCCAGAAAGUUAAACAGAUUUGUAAAUUAAUUCUAUUUAAAAAAUCUUAACCCUUCCAGUACUUAUCAGCUGCUGUAUUUUCCAGAGGAAGAUCUGUUCUUUUUGAAUUUCCUUUCCUUUCUGCCGACACCUCUGUCCAUGUCAGGAACUGUCCAGAGUAAGAGCAAAUCCCCAUAGCAAACCUAUGCUUCUCAGGACAGUUCCUAAAAUGAACAGAGGUGUCAGAAGAGCACUGUGGUCAGACAGAAAGGACAUUCAAAAAGAAAAGAACUUCCUUUGGAAAAUUCAGCAGCUGAUAAGUACUUGAAGGGUUAAGAUUUUUAAAUACAAAUCUGUUUAACUUUCUGGCAUCAGUUGAUUUAGAUGGUCCUAUUAGAUGUCCGAUGUUCAUUGUAAACAAGCUGUUCUCUUAGAUCUCUUUUACAAGGAUCAAGCAUCCUGCACGGAGGGCCACACAAGUAAUCGCUAAAACGUUUGUGCAGCUCUUUGCUGCCAUCAUUUGUCGGCCACACAUCCCUUAUCACUUGGGGAUGUGUGGCUGAUUAAGCAGGGCAAGAUUUAUGAUCAGCCAGCAGAGGAGAGCUGACCCAUUUAUACAUGGCGAUGUGGGCCUGUUUGGCUGAUAAUUACCCCAUGAAUAGGGCCCUAUUAGUAGAAAUUUUUGGCUUUGUUCAGAUUAGUUGCCUUGGAUACUUUAUCUAAUUCACUUUUACAAUUCAGGCAUGAGACCUGGUGCGAUCGACAACCUUUGACAUGUCUGAUCAAUGUUUCGAAAUUUGUCGGUAACUCUUUAAUAGAUAUUAACAUAUUAUCAUACAGCACAUAAUUACGUAUAUUUCUGUGACUGAAUAUUGCGUUGUAUAUUUAAAUGGGGAUGAAUUUGCUUGGAUUUGUGCAAGUCCCAUUCAGUUAAAUGGAAAAGACCCAGAAAUGUUUGCCACAAAUCUGCAAUGUGUGAAUAUACCUUUUAGGCCGGGUUAACACUGCAGAAUCUCCAGACGGAAUUUCUGCCAUAGAUCCCGCAGAUUGCACUGCCAUCCCUGUAUACAGAAAUGUAUUUCUAAGCGGAUCUUUCAGCUCCGUUCGGAGAUUCCGCAAUGUAAACUCGGCCCUAUUGUUUCCCAUGUGAGAAUCACUGCUUGUUUUAUGAUAGCUUCAAUUCUUUGCUGUGGUGUGGGUUUUAUACAGCUAGUUAGUAUGAUAUUUGAUCACCUUUACAAGCAAUAAUUUAUCUGUGUAAUUGUAUAAAGUAUGGAGAAUUCUUAAAUUUUUUUCCUCAAAAUAAUUUAUAAAAAUAGGUUUAUAAGUAUUUGUCUGUGAUGUUAUUUAAGCACUUGAUUUUUAUAUGAUAGCACAAUUCUGAAUAAUCUAAAUAGACUUUUAUACUGAGUGAAGAUAUCAAUAUUUUCACCAUGUUGUAAGCUGUUUGCACUGUAGAAUUUUCCUACUGUGACAUUUCUCAUUGCAUUGUUAAAAAAAAAAAUUGAUUGCCAUAAUAAACAUUAUACUUUUCACAAACCUUUUAGGAAUUAUGUAGUGAUAAAAUAUGUAAUACUGUUUUAUCUGUAGACUACUAUGAUUUUAAAAAAGGUAAAAGAUUUUAAAUAUUUAAACGGAAAGUUCAUAUGUUCUAUUUACCAUUGACUAACACUAUUGUUUAGCAUCUUGGGCACUGCUGCCUCUAUCCUUUCCAAAGCACAUAGCCUAGCGUUAAAGGGGUACUCCGGUGGAAAACAGUUUUAUUUUUAUUUUAAAUCAAUUGGUGCCAUAAAGUUAAACAGAUUUGCAAAUUUGCCAUGACUAAGGGUCCUUGACCCGAAAUGCGUUGGCGUGAGGCGACCCAUCUUCAGCUGGUAACUGUACGUGAUAUUGCCUGAUGUACUCCCCUACCUGCCUUUCUAUGGAACUUUUAAUGAGAUAUCAAUAAACUCUGGAUUUUAUGUGCCGGCUACAUUCGUGUAUUGUGCUGCUUGUCUUGAGGAUUGCCGUACACUGGGGGCUCAGGUGAGCUGAUUAACUCCUUUUCUACUAGAUUUGCAAAUUACUUCUAUUUAAAAAUCUUAAUCCUUCCAGUGCUUAUCAUUUGCUGUAUAGUACAGAGCAUGUUCUUUUUCUUUUUUAAUUUCCUUUGUUUGUCAGGAACUUUCCAGAGCAGGAGAGGUUUGCUAUGGGGAUUUGCUCUUGCUCUGGACAGUUCCUGACAUGGACAGAGGUGCUAGCAGAGAGCACUGUGGUCAGCCAGAAAAGGAAUUCAAAAAGAAAAGAACUUCCUCUGGAUCUUACAGCAGCUGAUAAGUACUAGAAGCAUUAAGAUUUUUAAUAGACGUCAUUAACAAAUCUAUUUAACUUUCUAAAGCCAUUUGAUAAAAAAAAAUUGUUUUCCACCAGAGUACCGCUUUAAUAAGGACCAGGGACAAAUGUUGGUCCUAAGGUCACACAGGUAAAGAACCACUGUCUUACAACAGUAGCAGUGUUUUCCAAGUCCUCAAGUACCCCGAGCGGUCAUGGUUUGAGAAUAAUUCCAUUCAAAGAACACUUGUGGUGAUCACAACUACUGAGGAAAGGGUCAAACUAUUUACUAAGUACCCUGAACCGCAUCUACUUUUAGUGCAGGAGACUCACUACUGCUAUUUGGUGUUCCCAACAUUGCAAGACAUUGGUCCGUGCCUGUUCCUAUUCUAUCUGUCAGCAUUCACCUGUCCAGCCUACCGAAUCUCUGUUGCUGACAUCAGAUGCCAUCCACACAAGGUCCUUGCAUCUGCAGGCUUGUAAACAUCCAUCCCAGACAUCGUGCAGCAUACACCGGGUCCGGAGCAGUUCGGACCAGCCGCAGGAGUGCCCGCCAGUGCUUUACUGACAGCCUGCGCUAACCUCGGCUCAGCAAGUGCUUACCGGCACCUACAGCUCAGCAUAACAGAUCGCUACACAGACGGGUUAAACUCCCAGUGAGGCUGGUAACUAUACUCCUACUAUUACAGAUGAAAAAGACUAUAUACUACAUUCCAAUAUAGGAUGUACCACAAUAAUAUAUAAAGUUAUAGGAUUGCUUGGCACACUACCAACAUAUUCUGGAUUAUCAAAUGCCGGAUUAUGCAAUAUAUGCUUAGUGUGUUUAUUGUUAAUUUUAUGUAAACCAUUUUUGAGUGUUCCCCCUGCAAGGGCCCUGUGAGAGGAUACCAAAUUCAUAUAUUUUAUGGCAUUUUGUAGAAACAAAAGGA